AUGGGUGAAAGAGUACCCAGAACACGGGAGGAUUGUUUCACUUUAACGAUAGAUUUUACUAACAACAUAGCUAACCCACACGUGGAGACAAACAAUUUCGAGCUUAAGCCAUACUUGAUAUCUAUGGUCCAAACCUCUACUCUUUUUAGAGGACUACCAACUGAAGACCCCAACGUUCAUUUAAAGAGGUUCAUAAGGAUGGAAAACACAGUAAAAUAUAAUAGUGUUUCUACAUGUGCCAUAAGAUUGAGGAUAUUUCCAUGGUCUUUGUCUGAUAAGGCUUCAAUCUGGUUGUCAUCCCAAGUUGUUGGGUCUAUUACCACUUGGGAUCAACUUACUAAGAGCUUUUUGAAAACAUAUUUUCCCCCAUCCAUGUUUGCUAAAUUUUGGACUGACAUCACCAACUUUGUUCAAUUUGAGCAAGAGUCCUUAUAUGAGAUUUUGCACAAUGGCCUUUCAAUUCAAAGUAGAAGUAGUAUUGAUGCUGCUUGUGGAGGCUCUAUUAUAAAAAAAGAACAUGAAGUAUAUGCCUUGGUGGAAGAAAUAGCAACUAAUAGUUGUCAAUGGAGUUUAAAUGAUAAACAUGUUAAAAAACAAGUUGGGAUGUACAAAGUGGAAACUAAUACCAUUUUAGAGAUGAAUGUAGAUAAAAUCACUAAGCAACUUGAGACGUUGAUACUUGAUGAUGAAAGUAAUUUGGGAAAUCCAUGGGCUAAGCAGAUUGAGGAUGCCAACUAUGUCAGCCAAAAAGAUGGUGAUGCCAAGAAGAAUAUACAAGAUGCUUUGGUCAAGUAUAUGCAAAAAGUUGGACAUCCUUGCAUGGGUGUUCUGGCAAAUUAUAUAGGGAAUACAAAUGAGAGGCUGAAAUCUAUUGAAAGUAAAACACAAGUUCAACCAAUUCUAGCAACUCAUAUUAAGGAAAUUAAUUAUGGCCCUAACACCAACCGGCAAAACUCUAAUUUCUUCAAGCCACCACAUGUGCAAAGGCAGGAGGAGAGGAAACCAGAUCUUCAAGGUGUACUAGCUACAUUCAUAGAAAAGACAGACAUAAGGCUUCAGAAUAUGGAGAAUCAAGUACCUUCUAAUGAGUUUUCUUCUAACAAAAUUGAGGAGGAGCAUGGAUUAGCCAAUGAUCCUAGUUUGCAAGUGGGUGGUGAAGAAGAAGAAAUGUUAAUGUUUUUGAAAAAUCACUACUCACAAAGAAGUUGGAGUAACCAUAAAUUUGAAGAGUUGGAGAGAGACGAUAUUCCUAGGUAUAAACCAUCAAUUGAAUAG